AUGACUAGCGCGAACCUUGCCGCUGAGCGAUUCCUCGCUGAUCGCAACGUCCCGCUGGCUAGCUUGGAGGUCAGCAAGGCUUUCGAUCAGCUCAGUGCAAAGGAGAAGGCCUACGCGCAUUAUGUCGGGCAGGCGGCUUGGUAUGGCGCGCGUAUCAUCUUGGCCCAGCAGGCGCCACACAUGGAGAAGCUAUACGACUUGAUCAUCGCACUCUUCACUACCCCGGAUGGAAAGACGGCCGAUCUCGAGUCCCUCAAGUCGUCUUCGGGAGUCUCUGCGGAGGACUGGGAGGACGUCCUGCAGUACACGACGCAGGUACUGAGCAACCUCUCCAACUACAAAAGCUUCGGCUUCACCAAGUUCGUUCCCCGUGCUCCGCGUUCUGCUUUCGAGAGCGUAGUCAAGAGCUCGCCCAACGCUGCGAAGGCCACACCGCUCUGGAACGAGCUUGCAGAGGAGAUCUACGCCACUGGCCCUGAGCCGAGCUUGUUCAUCGGCAAACGCUCCCUUGGCCACGUCUCGAACUACUACCUCGGGAAGCCUCCCACAGACGACGAUGUGGCUGCCAUUCAGAAGGCAGCGGAGAAGGAGGGCGUGGAUGUACUCAACACUCGCGUGCAGAAGGACUCGGACAAGGAGUUCACGUUGCUUGUCGCAUCCGCGGAACCUCAGCCGUCCAAGACCGUUGAACUCGACCUGUUUACAAACACUCCGGGAAAGCUCACCAUCAAGUACGGAGACUAUGCACCAUCACUCAAACGCGUCGCAGCUGCACUCACCGAGGCCAAGAAGUACGUCGCCAACGAUCACCAGGCAGCUAUGCUCGACGGCUACAUCGAGUCCUUCAAGACGGGCUCUAUCGAGGCUCACAAGCAAGGCUCAACGGAGUGGGUGAAGGACGUCGGUCCUGUCGUUGAGAGCUACAUCGGUUUCAUCGAGAGCUACACGGACCCGUACGGUGGCCGCGCCGAAUGGGAAGGUUUCACCGCCGUUGUCAACAAGGACCUCAGUGCGAAGUACGACACGCUCGUCGCAAACGCUCCAGAGCUCGUCAAGGGUUUGCCCUGGGGCAAGGACUUUGAGGUGGACGUCUUCAAGAAGCCCGACUUUACCGCGCUUGAGGUCCUCACCUUCGCCACUGGAGGCAUUCCUGCCGGUAUCAAUAUCCCCAACUACUACGACAUUCGAGAGACAGUUGGCUUCAAGAACGUCUCCCUGGCCAACAUCCUCGCAGCAAAGACGCCCGAUCAAGAAGUUCCCUUCAUCGCGCCCGACGACCUCGACCUCUACAAUGCUUGGGACAACAAGGCGUUCGAGGUUCAAGUGGCCAACCACGAGCUUCUUGGCCACGGUUCUGGCAAGCUCUUCAAAGAGGAGGCGGACGGCACGAAGAACUUCGAUCCCAACACCAUCAACCCGCUCACCGGCAAGCCCGUCGAGAACUGGUACAAGCCUGGUCAGUCGUCAGGAUCCGUUCUUGGUGAGGUGUCAUCAUCGAUGGAAGAGUGCCGCGCGGAAACUGUGGCUCUUUACCUCGUCGGUAACACAGAUAUCUUGAAGGUCUUCGGUUACACCGACCAAAAGGACAUCGAGGACAUCCAGUACAUCACCUUCCUCUUGAUGGCCCGCGCUGGUCUGCGCGCUCUUGAGUUCUACGACCCCAAGACCAAGAAGCACGGCCAGGCCCACAUGCAAGCGCGCCUCGGCAUCACACAGCACCUCAUCAAGGGUGGCAUCGCGAAGCUCGAGGAGGUCCGCGAUGCAAGCGGCAAGCUUGAAAACGUCUACGUUCGGGUCGACCGCGACGCCGUGCUGAAGCGUGGUAAGGAGGUCACCGGGACUCUACUUGUCGACUUGCAAGUGCGCAAGAGCACAGCCGACGGCCCCGGAGCGCGCGCUUUCUAUGCUGAGCUCACAACACCCCUGCCUGGCUGGGAUGGCGAGAUCCGCGACAUUGUGCUGGCGAAGAAACAGCCGCGCCGCCAAUUCGUACAGCCAAACACCAUUCUCGAGGGUGAUAAGGUCGUGCUCAAGGAGUACCCGCUUACGACGGCAGGCGUCAUUCAGAGCUUCGUCGAGCGUGGGGUUUAG